AUGCAAGAUUCACACCCGCCCGCGUCGGCGCCAUCAUCGUCGUCGCUCGCUGUCGAAUCACAGUCCGACUUGGAGCCCAAACCCACUUGGGCCCAGAUCAGCUUCGAUGACGACUUCGACCUCAACCUCGCUGCCAGCCCCAAUCUGGGCGCAACAAAGGAUCUCUGGUCAACAUCAGCGCAAUCACCAAAAUCGCUCAGCCAAGGCACUGCAGCAGCAACUCCUCCAGCUCCAACGUAUUCGGACACUUCUAUCCCUGUUCAUCCCAACGAAGGGCGGCUCGUCCAGCAGGACAGAAAGAUCUCACUCAGCCCAGAGUCGGCCAACAAGGCGCUUCCGCAACUCCCGGCCAUCUCUGCCACCGCCCCCACUACCGUUACCGCAGACGCUGAAACCUCGGAUCGCCUUCAGCCAUCCCGCGAAUCGCCUGCGUCUGUUUCAACAAGCACGCUUCCCGUUUCGACUAGCUUUGUCAGCACUGCACAUUCUCGCAAACCCUCGUCUCAGGAUGGAGCACGUACACCCAAGCCGCCAGGCACUCCGCCAGUGCACUCGUUCGCUUCGCCCAUCGUCACAGCCGCCACGCCUGAGCAGCCGCAACGUUUCGACCUUGCCGACACCCCCACGGCGCAUCGACGUCAGAACAGCGGCAACGUACUGUCCGAUCGGCGCCAAGCAGAACCGCCAUCUCGCCCUGUCUCGUCAGCGGAUGCCUACAUGAAACCCAUCGAAACGCUCCAAUCCGAAAACUCGAGCCGUCCUGGUACAGCCAUGAGCCAUCUCAGCGGUUCCAAUUGGAUGCACGACGGUCCCGGCAACCGCAGCAGCGUCGGCACCUCCUCGAGCACGCCCAUGAACCAGGCAAAGCGCGCUUCGGUGCUGUCGUUUCAAACCGCCAACAGUGCAGGCUUCACGAGCGGCGACGAAGCGAGAGCCUCUGACCGAGAUCAUCUCCCCGACAAGGCGUUUGCCACGGCCAACGAUUCCGCACCAGCUCAAGUUACUGCUGCUGCUUCAGCUCAGCCGACUGUGAUCCGCCCUUGGCUCAAUCGAGGUGCCUCGGGCUACGGCACUUCACCCGACGAGCGUUUCAUUCCUGGGGGACUUCCUGGCUCCUUCUGGGAUGAGCCAGCUUCCCAAACUCGCACCACCAUUCCUGUCGUUGAUGCAGCUGCAGCUGCUUCCACUGCCUCGACGCCUACGCAGCUUGAUGUUCAGUCCGGACUUGCCGACGUGAUCACCAAUCACGGAAACACCAGCAACGGCGAUCUUCGGGGCUCCCGCGAGUCGGCUGCUACCAAUCCCGAGUCGAUACCCGCACUCGCACCUAUCAACACGCAGGGCCUGGCUCCCGCUUCACCUAAUGCACCGCUCUCGUCCACCACCAUUGCUGCCCCAUCCGACGAGACGGCACAGGCAAUCCGCCGGUCGCCUGACCUUGUCCGAGACCGACAGCCUUACGUGCCAUUCCCCGUAGAUGCUGCUGCACCGCUGCCUCCUGCCAAGGACGUGCGUCCGGUCCAGACUGUUGCUCCCGUGGUUUCGUACAACUCGCAGCGCGGUGGUGUCGGCCAGAGCUUCGAUCAGACAGCUGGCCCAGCUCCGGCGGGAAACCUUGUGCCACCACCUCUGCCCUCCGAGACUGGAAGUCAACACCCACCCUUUUCGUCAGACAUGCUCAUGAAUGGUCCUGCCGACCAUAGACCUGUCUCUGAUUACCGCAAGAAGCCCUUGGCCGACAUUUCGCCAGCACAGAAGGCUGCCGGUCUCGCCCAUCUCCAGGCACAGGCGAAAGCUGCCAAGCAGCAGGCUAGCAUGGACAGGCCGUCGCACACUCCUCCCCCGACGAAUCCGCCUAACGAGGCACCACCCAUCCCCGUCCUCGAGCGUGGCCGUCGCAAGUCGAACGCCAGUCUGACCGCCAACGUAGCCCUAGCACAGGCCGCUGCUGCUAGCACAGGUGCACCUCGAGGCGAUGCGAUCGAUCGGCCCGAUACGCCAAGCGCCGAGAGCGCCUCGCAAGAGUCCAGUGCGCCGCCCGACGGCGAGAUCGAGGCACGCGCAGAGUGGGAGCGCAGACGCAGGAUGAAGCCCAAGAACGGCAGAAAGCAGUCCGAGCUAUCCAAACCGCAAAAGGGUCGCUCUGACACCUUCAAGAGCCAGCUCAGACCGCUCCAGCUCGUCCCCGCCGACAACAACCUCAACAGCUUUGCAGCUCGGAACGGCAUCGGUGCCCGCGCAAACGGCGACCGAACUAGCUUGGCACCCGGCGAUCGCAACGCCAGCGCACUCACAUCCACCUCAGCUGACGCGUCCAGACAAACCUAUAGCACGCAGCAAUUGCAGAAGCUACAAGCGCGCGAGCAGAGGAGGAGCGUGGGAGCUUUCAGUGCUGCCAUGGCGGCAGCCAACGUUGUUUCGAGCGGCAGCAAUGGACCCUAUCCCGUCUUUGCCUCUCCCAACACAGGACCUCAAAAGGUCGGCUCGCGGCAGUAUCCCGGCCUCAUGGCACAGCGCAGUCUGGUGCCUCCCUUCGAGCUCCAACACCGCCCUGACGGCCUUCCUUCGGGCCUUAUUGGACCGGACGGUGUGCGAAGGAGCCUCAACGAUCCCGAGGUGUGUCUCGAGUGCAUGAUGCGCGACGAAGACAUGAUUGACAUUCGCGUCGUUGGGGAGGGCAUCUGGGAACGUGAGAGUGACAAGGAUUUUGAAGAGGCGGUCCGCCUCGAGGCAGAAGAAGCAGCAGCCAACGCUAACGGCGGCGCCUAUGGUCCGAGCGGAAGCAGCGGUCAUGGCGAUAGUCUCAGUAGCCAUCGUGAUUCGCGAGGCUCUCGCAGGCCACGCAAGAAAAUCGGAAAGGGCGAACCUCUCACCGUCGAGCGACUCAAACUCCACACGCAGAUGAACCCGCCCGCAUCCUCAUUCCGAUGGCGCACGCUGCAGACGUUUUUGGCUGUGCAAGCCAAGUAUAUUGCCAUGGAGCAGCAGAGGAUGCGGCUCGAGGCCGAGAAGAAGACGAGGCAGAACACAGAUUCCAUGAGCAGCCGCGGCAGCAUGAUCAUGUUGGACGCACCCGCGCCUGCAACGGCUCAGCAGCCGGAGCGCGGCCUCUCUUCGCCCUUCGCGCCGCCUCGGGAAGCUUCCACUGCUAUCGCCUCGGUCCCUGCACGCCAGUCGAUACUACAGACGUCGAAAGAUGACAGCGGCCUGACACCACAGGAAAAGCAAGAGAAGGAGCGCGAUGUGGCAGCAGCUCAAGCGGCUCGCAAGAAGAUGACGGCUGGCGCAGUGCCUCCUCCCAUUUCAACCACAACGCCGCCGCUUGGCAUGCCAGUCUACCCUGUCACGCCGCUGCAGACUCGCACGCUGCCCAAAGCGAUGCCAGUGCGCUCGGGCUCGGAUCCUGAAGAGCAGCUCAGCGGGCUAGCCGUCACUGGCGGUGUUGUAACUCCCAACAGUGGUCGCCGCGUGCCCUUCGGCUCCGCGCAAGCAGCCAGAGCAGCGAGCGUGCAGGAUCUGCGCUCGGCGGCCGACGCCUCCCGAUCAGCAACGUACCCUCCGAGCCCGGCAGACAGCCUCAUGCCUCCGUCAAGAUCGAUGAUUGGAGCAUCGCCCACCGGCACACCUUCGCGACUGGCGAAUCGUUCAGGCGCGUCUCAGCUGUCGCUGAUGCACAGUGGUUCGAUGAUCGAUAUGCACGUCGCUCAAGAAGACCGUGCCGAGCAUCGACUCAACCAGAACGGCUUCCUGCCGGCAACGCCGCUGGGUGUCGAAUCGCCAGCUGCGCUCAACCCAUCCUUUUACGGGUUCCCCGGCGAUGGCGAAUCGUCGCUUCCCGAUGCAGCCGCAUUUGAACGAUCUCGAAUGGUGUCCGGUGACGGCUACGUCGACCCCAUGGCGGCUGGACCGCGCGGACUGGAUCUAGAUCGCGACGACAGCUUUCAACGCAAGAAGAAGGGCUUCCGGGGUCUGUUCUCCAAGCUUACGGGCAACAGCGGUGGUCCCAGCCGGGAGAACACGGGUGGCCCAGCUGCAGGUGGCAGCUUGAACGGCAGCAUCGCCAGUCGCAACGCCAGCAAACGCUCGCAAGGCUCGGCUGCGGAAAGUCCGGGCGCUCGACAAAACUCGUUCAGUGCGGAUCGUUCGCUCGAUGCCAUCAGUCCGCCGCUCAACGGCAUGCUCAGCAAAGCCCGCAAGUCGACCUCUUCGUUCUUCCGCAAUGGCACUGAGCCAGACUUCGAGCCCAGGGCGCGUGCUCUUCAGCAAGGUGGAAGCAACUCGAUCUUCCAGAACCCACCAGGCAUGACGAGCCAAAACAGCCUCGACCUUGGACCAUUCCAGCCUGCCUCGCCGCAAGCGAACGCGCUCGGAAGCCCCAAUGGCCGCAUGACACAGCAGCAGCAGCAACGAAAAGCACCCAAUCCUCUGAUGCAAAAGUAUCUCAACUCGCCCUCGCCGCAGACGCAGGCAUCUCCCGUGUCAAGUCCUGUUCCCAUGGUGCAAUCACCGCUGAGCAACGGACGCAUGUCGAGCUUUGCGAGCAUGCGAGAUCUUCGGCCUUCUGCGUUGCAGUCCAUUCCUGACGUCCAGCAGGGUGUCAACGAGUCGGACCCACGCAAGUCGAUGCGUUCGAGCGGCGGUAGUGCGAGCUUGCGCAAGGAAUUGCCUUCUAUGCCAUCACCCGCAGAUGAUUUCGAGAGGCAACGGACUACUUCGAUUGGAGCAGCGGGAGGAGUCAGGAAUUCUGUGCUCGCAAAUCUAAGCCCGAUGCCAGCUGGUCAAGGCACCAAUGCCGAUACGACAUAUGGAACAAUUCCUGAUGACGCCUCGAUCAACAGCAAUGGGCCUCGACGACCUCCCAGAAACCCACGCCGACGCGAUGGAUCGCUCGAUCAGCCCGGCCUCAGGGACGCCAACGGCCGUGGCAGUGACGGACCCUUGUCUGCUCAACGUGAUUUCCCUCUGCAGGGUCGAUCCUACUCGGAAGCCUACACCGGGGCCAUCGGCUCGCCUAUCGGCACAGAGCAGCGACAGAACAAAAAGUCGAUCUUCCGCCUGCCAUUUGGCCGCAAGAAGCGCGAGUCGACAUUUGGCGCUGCGGACAAGAGCAAUCCCUCGAUCGUGAUUGGCGGUGCCGACGGAUUCGAGCCUCAACCGCAACCAAGGUCGAUGAGCAGCUCCUUCUUACCGAAGCUGCGAUCGCGCAAGAGCUACUCUGGUCUCGGUGUGCCGAAGCCUAGCUUCCAGGCGGAACGUCAACGUGUACUUUCUUCGCCUGCGCACGACGCUUCCGAUGCUGGCUUGCCGCCCCGAAGCCAGAGCGCAUUCGGGAUGGCGCCGACGCAACGAUUCAUGUCGAUGGACCUGCCACGCCGGUCGAUGAAUGUGGGACGCGCCAACGCUCGCAAUCGACUGAGCACAGUGCAAUACGGCGCCGACGACGAUGAAGAGGACGAGGACGAGGAUGACGAGAUGGAGCGCGAGCCAGGCUACGAAGCGGAAUUCGAACGGUACGCACAGGAAGCAGCUGAGGAACGCUACCUCACCACAGGAGCACGUGGUGCUAAGGAUGUGAGCUUCGGCAGAAAGAGUCUCAACUUGCUGCGCGAGGGCUUCAAGAUGCCGCUUCGCACUGUCAGCGGUGACCAGAAGAAGCAGCGCUAA